UAAAGUGACCUUCUCUCUCUCUCUCUCUCUCUCUCUCUUUCUCCCUGCCUGUUUUUCUUUCUCCUUCCACUUCCCUCGCUUCCUUCCCCUCUGCAUCUCCCUCUAUCUGCAGAUGUGCACGACACAAGCCUGAGGUUUAAACAUUAGGACAGUGACACAACCGAGACAAGACAACUCAGCGAAGAGAGGACGGCAAACAGGAGGAAGAGAAGCAGAGCUGCUGCUGUUAGACGUUGGGGUUCAGACCAAUGGAGUCUUUCUCUGGAGAUAUAGAGGAAAGCACUGAAGACAUUCCAGGACGCAAAAAAUCCAAACUCAAAUCUCUGAAAACUCGUCUCUUCGGGAGGAAUAAGAGAACAGGUGGAGAGGGAGACGCCAAAAUCAGUCAGUCUGCCAGUGACAUUACUGCAGGAAAGGGACUCGGAUCAGAUGAAGAUUUGGUAUGCUCCCAGGGGACGAUGGGAUCACGAGCAUUGUCCCAUGACAGCAUCUUUCUGGCUGAUCAGGUCCUGACAGACACUGAACCAGCCAGGGUCUUAUCCCAGGAAAAUGUUCACAGCAAGAUCAAAGCUCUGCAGAUGAAGCUUCAGCAGCAGAAGAUGCAUUUGGGACCGCCCCCUCUGGUUGUGCCAAUCAGACGUCCAGAGGACCUGGGAAGUCGCUCAGAGGAUGACAGUCUUCCGCACAGCCCCCCUGAGGUCUCAGGAGGUGAUGUUACAUCCCAGGGAGCCUUCACCAAGCCAUUCUCUCGUCCACUCUCACCAAUCCCCAAACCCGCACUAGCCAAGUAUGUGCCCCCGACUCCAUCCCAUCCAUUACCUCUUACUGUCCCCUCCAUUUCCUCUGUUAUCGAGCCCCCGUUGGACUUCAGUUCUCCAGCUCAGUUCACCCCCUGCUUAGAUACCUCUGCUGCACGCCACCGGAUGUCUGUGAAGCCCAGAAACCAGAGGGCCAGCACCAAGAAGAGACCCGCCGCAACUGAUUCCAGGUCUGACUCCAACACCCUGAACAACAUCGACCACCCUGAUUAUGUGAAAGAAGAAGAGCAGCGACUUGGUGCUCAAGACGAGGUGACACUGGAGACAGAACAAGAAGAGAUGGACAUUUCUAUCACAGCUCGGCGCCUUCCUUCAAAAUCCCCAGAGUUGACACAUAUCACAUCAGAAGCAGCACCCAAAUCAUCCAGUCUAACUUUUUCCCAACAGGACCACACUCCUCCCGGGAGAGGGUCCUCUGUAUCCUCACACAUUCUUCGAGUUAAGCCUCAAAGACCGGUGGAUGUAAUAUCUAGUGAACGACCGCAUUCAUCCUUUAUAGAGUCAGAACUUAAAAACAAAAGGGAGAGGGAUUUUGAGAUACGAGUAAUGUCCGACGACAAGAGGAAUACUCUGAAAAAGGCUGGAAUGACUGAAGACUCCUCAGACCCGCUCUCCACUAUCUUCGGCUCAGUGGUGGCAUUCAGGCCUUCCUCUGUUCACCAGCAGGUUCAAGGUGAGAUAGAGAGCACAAGAGGAAUAAAGAGACCUGCCCCAGGAUCUGGGUCCUUCCAUUUCUCCAUCAACACUGCCAAAAACCGAGAUGGAGAGAGACCCCGAUCGGGCAGUUUUGCAGGAAUGCUGGAACAAGCUGAUGCCAGGCACAAGACUACAGGGGGAACAGAGGACAAACACUUUUCAAGCUCGAGGGAAAAGGAGGAACUUAGAGACUUACAACCCAGAGGGAACCUAUUUUCUGUGGGAAGACCAAAACAAGAAGGAGCUCCACCCAAAAGCUCAGUACUUCCAUGGGACAGGAGAGACAGUCUCAAAAAGACAGAAUUGCCGACAGCAUCUAAAAACACGGCUACAGAUACAGGCACCGUAGAGAGGGAGGAGGUGGACAGCAGCCAGGAGGAGGUGGAAGAGGCAGUGGAAGCACAUGAGGUCCAGGAGGAAGAGGGAAAGACGGCGUUCGGUGUUAAACUACGCUCAACAUCUCAGUCGAUGAGAUUUCGGGCUGAUGCUGCUUCGAACCAUCUUUCUAAGCCACCAGUGUGUGAAGACCAAUGUGACAAACAGAAAAGACAGGAAAUGAGUGAUAAUGUUGGCUACAUGUCUAAAAAGCUGCCAUCAAACUUCUCUUGUACGCCAUCCACCUCUGGAGACGUCCAAGUGACAGAUCCAACCCCGUCUGGCUUCUUCCUUCCAGUCAAGAAUAACCUCUCAUCUACUGGCGAAGCUCACAUCACGCCUGCAGAAGUCCAAGCAACCUCGUCAGAGGCGAGAGAAGUAGAAACUUCCCUCACGGUGCUUCAGGAGCCCCAACCUGUCCCUCAAACAGCCUCAUCUGAGGUGUCCUGGAUGAGCCUAGCAAUGGAAAAGACCAGAAGCCUGCAGCAGCUCUUUACUAGCAGAUUCCCCAGAGAUUUUACAGGCGUGCAGACUGUGGCUCGACCACAAGCACAAGUGCAGCCAACGAAUCAAGCAGAGACACUGACUGGUACACAAAUGCAAACACAGAGUGUAAAAAUGCAACAGAGUACAACAUCAGUGCAGGCUGCUGAUACAGUGAAAUCAACAGUGCAAAGUAGAAGUCAAGCACAGACUGUGAAACCAGUGCAACAGAAGACGUCAGCGACAUCUAUAGCUCUGUCAAACACCUCAAGAGAAGCGCAAACAUCAAAACAAACCAAUGAAUCCCAGUCACACCCAGAUACAUCUCAGUACGCCUCACAGUAUCCCACUCAUCCACCUGUACAGACCCACCCACGGACAACACAGUCUCCCUCGCUCUCUUCUACACAAACAGAGGCCUCAUGUCAGUUUGCACAAGGGAGUGCCACUCAGUGUCUUGCACAACCUCACCUUUCCUCGGGUCAGCAUGCCGCACCCCAACAACCUGCUUGGAACAAUCGAGGUCUCCACCUCACCAACCAGCUCAAACCCACGACGCCAGUCUCCACUACCUCAUCAGCCACAGCCCCUCUUCCAGUGUCUGCCUUGGGUAGAGGGGAAAGAGAAGCCAACGUGCAGGAAACAGAGGGUCCAUCACUCUCAGGACGACGAGCAGUUUGGGCCGGGUCAGUGGGCGAGAAGGCCGCUGUUCUGGAAAAACGGGCAGAGUGGACCGCCCCACCUGGAACCAAGGGGGGGGAAUUGAAGAAAGCUCAAACAGAAGUGCAGACGUCAGCUGAAUCCCCUGCCUUGGCCAAAACCACACCUCUAAGCAAAGACACGAAACCAGAAGGAAGGCAAGGGGUAAAACUUGCAGAGUCAAGCCCCACAAGAGUUCCAGACAGGCCACGAGAGGAGAAAUGGCUCCGGAAAAACAUUGCAUCUUCAUCGCCCUCAUCGUCACCCACACAGCCAUCAGUGCUGCAGUCCAUGUCUGAGAGUGGCCAGCCAUCCUGGAUGGAACUGGCGAAGAGGAAAUCAAUGGCCUGGAGCGACAAGACCAUGGACUAAGAAGGAAAACAGACAGAUAUACAGAGUAUGCAAACAAGGAUAUGAACAGCCCUGCAGACCUUUAUCAAGGUUAAUGAGUUGGAUGUUUGCUGAGACUGAUGUUGAUACAACUCUUUGGUAAUUUAUGUAGUAAAGCUGAUGUGUGUUGAAUUGUAUUUAAUUGUAAAGUGUUAAUGUUAUACUGGAAGAUGGAGAGAGAGUAUAUGUUGAAAGGUUCACUAUAAUCCCUCUCCACCACAACCACUUUAAGAUAAAGGGUAUUUCUGAAUAAUGUUUUAUCUGAUUCAGCAUUUCACUGCUGUUA